CAAUGUCCCCUGUACUCCACGUCUUCACAGCAAGACUCUGGAGGUGUGUUACUGGGCUGUCAACAAGCUCAGACCCAUCCUGGAUCAGAUAAAAGAGGAGAAUGUCCGGCUGGAUCCGAGAGGCCACACACGCCCCAUGGUGGCUCAACACUACCAGGACUAUAAGGUCCUCCAGCUGCCACAGCCAGUCCUAGCCCAUGCAGAGGACUGCCUCUUCCCCUUAAUCCCCAACACCAAGUACUUGAGCUACAGCAUCUCCCCAAAACUGCACUACGGCCUGCCUGAUGGAACCAGCUAUCUCUACUACCCAUCUGGUUCAGUAGCAGUGUGCCAGCUGCCCAGUGCCAUGCCCGGAGGGGGCGUUUACACAAACAUCUUCUCUGACAGUCCCUAUGACAUCCUGGUGGCCUCCUUCAAGCCCAGUGGCCAUGGUGUUGUGUACCACACAGGCAAGCACAGCCUGUGAGUAGUGGAAGGGAGGGGCCAGGGGCAGCAGUGGUGGAGUCAGUGGAGGUCGAGGCCUACAGGGCGAAGUUACAGGGGAUCAGGAAGAGAGUGAGAGAGACAGCGCUGCGCUGGCUUCAACUCUACCUGAUGGCCACAGGCCUCAGUGAUAAACCACUGCUCCCAGACUACAAAUCCAGACCACCUAAACGCAAAGAGGCUUGGACUGCAACUCCCAGAGUACCUCUCACCAUUGAGGAGAUACCACCUACCUUUGUGCGUCCAGCCCGUCUGAGGAGGAAGGUCCCGAGGCCAGCCACCUGCAGCCUGCCCAUGUCCACACCAGCCAACCUGUACAGACCUACCUUACACAGGGCAAAGUCAGCAGGCCUGCCAUGCGUCUCAGCCCUCUCCCCCAGUGAAACUCCUCCAUGCCCUGCGGUUCUCAGACUCCUCCUCCACAGCUCUCAGACUCCUCCUACUCCACAGGGCUGCCACUGCUCAACCCGCCUUCCCCUCCUGUCUGACCUGGAGCUGGAGCUGUUCCUCCGGGCCCCCUGGGCCCCCCGUGGCCACAUCCUGGUGAUCUACGUCACUUCCUCCCUCUGUCCCCCACCCAGGGCCCGCAAUGUGGAGGUCAUACUGCGGAGGGUCCAUCACAGGCAGGUCCAUGCCUCCGCCAAUCCCUGUGCCAAGAGUUCUCAGGACCCGUUCAGGUUGGUCAAAUACGACACAGACACGGCCACUCGUCUGACCCAGUCAUCACUUCCUGUCCUGGUCCAGAGGCACGGCAUUGGACCUGGAACACUUCUGGUACACAACAUGGGGGCACAGGGAGGAACGGGGGGUUUGGAAGUAGUUGAUUAUGGUUGGGACAGCCCAGCUAGCACAGAAUGUUCUGAGAACCAUAUGUUUCUUAUAGAUUGACGAGAGCAUGGAUGUCCUAUGGUUAUUUUGCAUUUUCACAACUUUCUGGGAAUGGUGCAGGAAAGUUGCUUGGCUUUGGAACAUUCUCAGCACGUUUAAGGAACUUGACUAAGUAAUGUUAUUUUCUUGAUAACAUUACUUUAACAGAAUGUUUCCUAAAAAUUCAAACAUGGUUACAUUUCAUAACAUUUUUGGUAAUGUUCUACAUUUGUCAUUUAGCAGACGCUCUUAUUCAGAGUGACUUAAAGGCGCAAUUAGGGUUAAGUGCAUUGCUCAAGGAUUUUUCACCUAGUCAGCUCUGGGAUUUGAACCAGUGACCUUUCAGUUACUGGCCCAACUCUCUUAACCGCAAGGCUACCUGCCGCCCUAGAUAGGUACUCCAACUGGUUUGAUAUUGCGAAUUUUCUCAGAAUGUUCAGAGAACGUUAAGAAACAACAUUCUUCUGUGGGAAUUUCAGUACUUCAGCAUAACGUUUUCUGCAGGUUUCCUUAUGGUUCUUUUUAAAGUCAUGUUCUCAGAACAGUAAGAGCUUUUCAUUCAAAGAACGUUCUAAGAAUGUUAUUACAAAACAUAUUCAUUCUGCUCUCAGUGUCAACAAAACUCUCUAUCCUCUAUCUUGUUAAAAAAAUCUGAAAGUGCCAACGACCGCAAGGUGACUGGGAAUAUGGUCGAAUACAAACAGUGUAGUCAUUCCCUCCGUAAGGCAAUCAAACAGGCAAAACGUCAGAAUCGAGACAAAGUGGAGUCGCAAUUCAAUGGCUCAGACACAAGACUUAUGUUGCAGGGUCUACAGACAAUCACGGAUUACAAACGGAAAACUAGCCAAGGACACCCACGUCUUGACAACCACGUCUUGCUCCCAGACAAGCAUAACCCCUUCUUCGCCCGCUUUGAGGAUAACACAGUGCCACUGACGCGGCCCACUCCCAAGAACUGUGGGCUCUCGUUCUAAAUGGCCGACGUGAGCAAGACAUUUAAGCGUGUUAAUCCUUGCAAGACUGCUGUCCCAGACGGCAUCCUUAGCCAUGUCCUCAGAGCAUGCGGAGACCAGCUGGCUGGAGUGUUUACGGACAUAUUCAAUCUCUCCCUAUCCCAGUCUGCUGUUCCCACUUGCUUCAAGAUGUCCACCAUUGUUCCUGUACCCAAGAAAGCAAAGGUAACUGAACUGAAUGACUAUUGCCCCAUAGCACUCAUUUCUGUCAUCAUGAAGUCCUUUAAGAGGCUAGUUAAGGAUCAUAUCACCUCUACCUUACCUGACUUCCUAGACCCACUUUAAUUCUCUUACCGCCCAAUAGAUCCACAGACGAUGCAAUCGCCAUCGCACUGCACACUGCCCUAUCCAUCUGGACUAGAGGAAUACCUAUGUCAGAAUGCUGUUCAUUGACUGUAGCUCAACCUUCAACACCAUAGUACAAUCCAAGCUCAUCAUUAAGCUCGGGGUCCUGGGUCUGAACCCCACCCUGUGCAACUGGGUCCUGGACUUCCUGACGGGCCGCCAAAAGGUGGUAGGAAACAACACCUCCACUUCGCUUAUCCUCAACACAGGGUUGUACAGCCGCCUGCUGUACUCCCUGUUCACCCAUGACUGCGUGGCCACACACGCCUCCAACUCAAUCAUCAAGUUUGCAGACAACACAACAGUAGGCCUGAUUGCCAGCAAUGACAAGACAGCCUAUAGGGAGGAGGUGAGGGCCCUCAUGGACUGGUGCCAGGAAAAUAACCUCUCCCUCAAAGUCAACAAAACGAAGGAGCUGAUCGUUGACUUCAGGAAACAGCAGAGGGAGCAUGCCCCUAUCCCCAUUGACAGGACCGCAGUGGAGAAGGUGGAAAGCUUCAAGUUCCUCAUCAUACACAUCACUGACAAUCUGAAAUGGUCCUCCCACACAGACAGUGUGGUGAAGAAGGUGCAACAGCGCCUCUUCAACCUCAGGAGGCUGAAGAAAUUUGGCUUGGCCCAUAAGACCGUCAGAAACUUUUACAGAUGCACAAUUGAAAGCAUCCUGUCGGGCAGCAGGGCUCUCCAGAGGGUGGUGCGGUCUGUCCUAUGCAUCACCGGGUGCACAGUCUUGAAGGGAACUCCUUCAAGACUGUUGGAAAAGCAUUCCAGGUGAAAUUGGUUGAGAGAAUACCAAGUGUGCUCGGCUGUCAUCAAGGCAAAGAGUGUUCAUAGUUGCGAUGUCUUCACUAUUAUUCUACAAUGUAGAAAAUAGUCAAAAUAAAGACCCUUGAAUGGACUCCCGAGUGGCGCAGCGGUCUAAGGCACUGCAUCUCAGUGCUAGAGGCGUCACUACAGAUCCUGGUUCGAUUCCAGGUUGUAUCACAACCGGACGUUAUUGGUUGUCCCGUAGUGCGGCGCACAAUUGUCCCAGCGGUGUCCGGGUUAGGGUUUGGCCGGGGUAGACAGUCAUUGUAAAUAAGAAUUUGUUCUUAACUGACUUGCCUAGUUACAUUAAAAUAAAUGAGUAGCUGUGUCAACUUUUUUCUGUACAUAGACAUGGAAUCACUGGCCACUUUAAUAUUGGAACACAAGUCACUUUAAUAAUGUUUACUGACUGCUUCACUCAUCUCAUAUGUAUAUACUGCAUUCUAUUCUACUCUAUUUUAGUCAAUGCCACUCCAACAUUGCUUGUCCUAAUAUUUCUUAAUUCCAUUCUUUUACUUUUAUAUUUGUGUAUAUUUGUGUAUUGUUAGAUACUACUGCACUGUUGGAGCUAGGAACACAAGCAUUUCACUACACCAGCAAUAACAUCUGCUAAAUACUGUAUGUAUGUGACCAAUCAAAUUUGAUUUGAUUUAAUUUGUGUGCAGGUGUUGGCCGCCCCCACUAAUUAGCCACACCUGAUCUUAAUGAGGGUUUCCUUUCAAAUGGGAUUUGUUUGAAUAGACUAAAAUGAACAGCUUUGUAAUGAGUAAAUAAAACAUGGCAUGCUAGCUCCAUUCUGUUGGCGCAGUGGACUAAUUCCAUGGGAUAGAGAACAGGAGAUCUUCGGCUUGAAUCUCACUGACACUGUGACACAAUAAAAAAUAAAUGCCUAAGCAAAUGCA